AUGGCAUCGAUAUUUACCUAUGACCCCGACCCACCUCGGGUGUCCUCGCCAUGGUCAAUAUCUGGCUCGUCAACUCCUGGACUUAGCGGGGGAGAGAAUGUCCGCAGCAAUUCAGAGACUGGCCUAUUUGCAGUUGACUCGGACAAACUGGCAGACUAUGGCAUCUCCAAGCUAGAACCUGAGCCACAGGAGGGACCGACGGAGUAUAAACUCCAUCUCCUGCUUCGGUCCCGGAGACCAUUUAUUUCCAUGUCUACCGGGCAGGUAGUGGGUGGCAACUUUCAAUUCAGAACUUCCAAAAAGCCCUACUGGAAUCUCAAUCUGUCCCCGGAGCCCCCGGCUUCUCCGCGCUCUCUUACCGCCGCGCAUCUAACAGGCCGCCAACAGAGGCUGCAGCAACUUACUACUCAGCUAUUAUGGCGUCUACAGCAGUCAUCUCCGUUUCACUCUUCCUCUACCGCAAAUCUGAUACUACCAGUUUUGCCGGAAGCUACACCGAAACUGGGCAUUCCGCAGAAGCCUUCUCGUCUUUUACCCGGUCUUGAAGAAAGCCAAGGCGCCCUCUAUGAGAUUGGUGUAGCCGACGAUGGUACUUUUGUGGGAUUGGUGAAAGAGGAGUUGGACGAGAGUCUGACGAAUCUCGGUGCUAUGGCUGCUAGUCUUGGUUGUAAAGUCGAAGUUCUCCGGAAAGUCGUGGUUGGCACUUGCGAAUGGGCAGAGGGACCCGAGCCCGAAUAUAUCCAGUCCGGAGAACUAUGGGUGGCAGAAGCCUUGGUGAGCCCUGAUCUUGACUACUACAACUCUUUAUCUUCCAAAGAGUUAAGUCUGGACACCCUGAGCUUGGAUGAUAAUGUGCCCGCAUCAAAGGAAGAGGAUACAGUGGAGGGAGGAUGUUCGCAGACGGAGCAAAUUCGCAUCUCGAUAACGGGGCCUAGUGCUGCUGGCAAAUCGUCGCUACUCGGAACUUUGACAACCUCCGCACUUGACAAUGGUCGCGGUAAGAGUAGGCUAAGUCUUCUAAAGCACAGACAUGAGAUCUCUUCUGGUAUCACAAGCUCUGUGGCUCAAGAAUUGAUUGGAUACCGAGCACAUUCCUUAACAGAAGGUUCUGUUGACGUAAUCAACUAUGCGUCCGGAAAUGUUACUGCUUGGAAUGAUAUUCAUGCAGCUUCUGAUGGUGGAAGAUUAGCUUUCGUGUCCGACCUCCCAGGGCUUCCUCGUUAUGUGAAAUCAACCCUGCGUGGCCUGGUUAGCUGGGCUCCUCACUAUGUGAUUCUCUGUAUCCCAGCAAAUAGCUCGCAUAAUCCCACUACUACAACAGACGAUGUAGAGCAAGCACCCGAAAUUGAUAUUUGCAUGGCUUAUCUCGACCUCUGCAUCAGGCUUGAAACACCCAUGGUUGUGGCAAUCACAAAGUUAGAUCUUGCGUCGCGCAUGGGCCUGAAGCAGACUCUUGCUCGAGUCCUCUCUACUAUCAAAGCGGCGGACAAGAAGCCCCUGAUGCUUGCUGUGGCUGGAGAAGAUACCAGUCGGGCCCCGAACUUGAACAAGAUCUCUACGACGGACUGUCAGGAAGCUCUCAAGACAAUCAAUGCAGUAAAUGGUGACUGGUCUGGCACAAUUCCAAUUCUACUUACUAGCGCUGUCAAUGGUUCAGGUGUAGGCAAGUUCCAUGCUUUAUUGCGAUACCUUCCACUUCCAAGGACUCCCUCAUCUAGACUUGUGCGGGCACCCCGAAUUCAUCGCCGACAAGAAGUGCCGACGGAUGUGUUUGAUAUUGACGAGGUAUUUGCGAUUCCGCCAUCGAAAGUGUACUCCAAUCUUGACGCCUCUCGUUCGGAUACAAAAGGCGUGGUACUUUGUGGAAUCGUCCGCCACGGAAGCAUUUCUGUUGGUGACGAGCUAGUCAUUGGCCCAAUAGCAGUGGAGGGUAGGCCGGAUGACAACACGCCACACGCCUCGAAGCCAAGAUCAUUGCACACCCCUGACAAUGCGUCGCCGCACUUUCGCUCCUUGAAAAGCAGAUCAGUUUCCGGCGAAUUCUCUCCUUUUUCUCCAGGCUCAUUCCCUGGAAAGUAUCGAUUUGUGUCCCAUGCUAAAUGGCAGCGAGUACGGGUCGUCAGUGUGCGCAAUCUGCGUUUGUCUGUCCGUAUCUUGCUGGAGGAUCAGGUAGGCACUAUUGGAGUUGAGCCAAUACCUUGGGGUCCAGGAAAGGAAGUGAAUACGCUCGGCCGCUUGAGGAAGGGCAUGAUCCUGGCCCAAGCAAGAAUUUCACCAGAUCAGUCACCAACCAGCAGCAUUCCUAGUAGCCUUGCGUUCAGUACCGCUUUCGUGGCGACAUUCCCUGCUCGAGACUUUUCCACCGCAGGCUCCCCGCCUCUUAUCCUAGGCGGCGGUGUCGUGGUAUAUAUUGGCAAUAUCCGAGCCGCAGCCAAAGUCACCUGCGUCGCACUAGCUGAUGAUGCCGAAAUUGAUUCACACACCGAGCCACUCCCUGAAGAAGGCGACUUUUUCAGCUUCGAUGAUGACGAUGAGAGAGACAAGCAAAAGCAAGGAAAUCGAAUCCGCCGCGUGCGACCAGAAAGCGAGAAGACGAUUGAUGUCUCUAGUGUGCAUGAUAACGGCUUUGUAAAUAUCACAUUUGCGUUCAUCUCGUCUAUCGAAUGGGUUGAAGUGGGCUCCUUGGUGGUCGUUAUGCCCGGAGUAACGACUGCGACUUCUGCGACUGGCAAUCUCAUACCGCUUUCGGGGCUUGAGGGUUAUGUAGGACGACUGGUUGAAGUGAGUAGUAGCGAAGACAUGUCAGAACGGUAG